UUCAGACAUUUCAUUAUUGCCAAAACAUUUCUUGUUUUCGUGAAAUUAUGUGGAAAUAUUGUAAAUAUGAAUAGUAUUUUUGUUAAAAAUGAUUUAUUUUAUUGUUUAGAAUUGUAAUUUAGUUAUUUUGUUGUUUGUAUUGUGUCUUGAUAGGUAUUUGAAAAUCCAGCUGGUAAACCAAGUUAUCUGAGCAAUGGCUGACGAUGAACCAGGCCCUUCAUGUCCAGAGAUGGCCCACGAGGGUCCCGCGGGCGCGGAGGGCUCCCCCCACCACACGCCGUCCCCCCCGCACCUGCCGCACCUCCCCCUCGCAGACACUAGCUUCCACCAACACAUCAUUGAGAAUCAGAGUCCACGAACGAACCAUAUCGCGGAGAGAGCGAAACAAUCGUUAGAAAAUAGUUUCCUGCUGCAACUGAAGAAGCAGCAGCAGUUGCAGCAGGAGAUCCUACUGCAGCACUUCCAGCAACAGCAGCAAGAGCUCGCGCAACGGCACGAGCAACAGCUCAUGCAGCAUUUCAAGAUGUGGGAGCAGCAGAAGGCGGAGGCGGCGCUGCGGGAGGCCCGCGAGGCCAGGGAGGCGAGGGAGGCCCGGGAGCGGCACGAGAGGGACCGGGUCGAGCUGCUGAGGAAGAAGGAGAAGCUGGAGCCCAGCGCGAACGCCUCCACGCAGGUCAAGCAGAAAUUGCAGGAGUUUCUCAAGAAGAAGGCGGCGGCCAACGCUAACGGAACAGUACCCGGAUCUCCUUACAACAGAAAUUGGGGCAUCGUCAAGUCGCCGUCCGGCGAAUCGAUCAGCUCGUCCGGCUCGGCGACGGCGCACCCGUACCGGCUGGCCGGGCCGCUGCCGCUCGCGCUCAACGCGGCCGCGCCGCACACGGCCGCCGACUACCCGCUGAGAAAGACAGCGUCCGAGCCCAACAUGCUGAAGGUGCGGCUCAAGGCGCGCGUGAUCGAGCGGCGAGCGUCCCCCCUGGCGCGGCGGCCCCCCAAGCCCCGCGUCAAACAUCGCAAUUGCGACGGCAGUUCCCCGCGCGGGUCCCCCCCGGGCGCGUCCGGCACGGGCCCGGCGUCCAUCCGGGAGGAAGACGAGCCCCGGGCGCCGGACCUACUGUUCUACUCGCCAUCCAUGCCCAACAUCAGCUUAGGGCGUGCGCGCGCGCCGCUGCCGCAUCCGCCGCCGCCCGCGCCGCUGGCGCCCGUGUCGGAGGCGGAGGCGCCGCCCGCGCUGGCCGCACGUCUCGCCAAGCGCCCGCUGGGCAGGACCUACUCCGCGCCGCUGCCGCUCGGCGACCCCGCCCUGCAGCCGCCCACGGCGCACCACUACCUGAGGGAUCAGAUACGAAAGACUGUAUUGACACGCGCGCACGACGCUGCGGCCGCGCAGCUGCGCGAGGAGGAGGGCGAGGUGAUCGACCUGACGGCGCGCCGGCCCGCCCCCGCCCCCGCCCCCGCAGCCCCCGCGGCCCCCGCCCCGGCCCCCGCGCCGCCCGCCGCCGAGCCCGCCCCGCUGGCGCGCGCGCUCAGCUCCCCGCUGGUGGGCGCGCGGCCGCCACCCACGGGGCUGGCGUACGACGCGCUCAUGUUGAAACACGGCUGCUCGUGCGGCGCGCACGCGCCCACGCACCCGGAGCACGGCGGGCGGCUGCAGUCGGUGUGGGCGCGCCUGUGCGAGACGGGGCUGGCGGCGCGCUGCUCGCGCACGCGGCCGCGCAAGGCGGCGCUGGACGAGCUGCAGGCCGUGCACAGCGAGCCGCACGUCGCCGUGUUCGCCGGCCGCCGCCCGCCGCAGAGUGGCGGCGCGGAGCAGCGGCAGCUGGUGCGGCUGUCGUGCGGCGGGCUGGGCGUGGACGCGGACACGGCGUGGUCGGAGCCGCACACGGCGGCCGCGGCGCGCGUGGCGGCCGGCGCCGUGCUCGACCUCGCCGUGAGGACCGCCCGGGGCGAGCUCGCCAACGGGUUCGCCGUAGUUCGACCUCCUGGACACCAUGCAGAGCCCAACCAAGCGAUGGGCUUCUGUUUCUUCAACAACGUCGCUGUUGCAGCCAGAAUACUGCACACAAGACUGCGGUUGCAAAGGAUACUCAUAGUAGACUGGGACGUCCACCACGGCAACGGCACACAACAGAUCUUCUACAACGACCCGCACGUGUUAUACAUCUCCAUCCACCGGCACGACGACGGGAACUUCUUCCCGGGCACCGGGGCGGCCACCGAGUGCGGCGCGGGCCCCGGGCUCGGGUACACCGUCAACAUCGCGUGGCCGCGCCCCGCCGACAGCGCGCACGCGGCGCUCGGCGACGCGGAGUACCUGGCCGCCUUCAGAUCCGUGGUCAUGCCUAUUGCUAAGGAGUUCGACCCGGAGAUAGUGUUGGUGUCGUGCGGUUUCGACGCGGCGGCGGGCCACCCGCCCCCGCUGGGCGGCUACAACGUGUCGGCCGCCUGCUUCGCGCACAUGACCAGGGACCUCAUGCAGCUGGCCAACGGGAAGGUGGUGCUGUCGCUGGAGGGCGGCUACGACCUGCCCGCCAUGUGCGACUGCGCGCAGGAGUGCGUGCGCGCGCUGCUGGGCGAGCGGCCCGCCGCGCCCGCGCUGCCCGAGCUGGCGCGCGCGCCGCGUGCGCACGCGCAGGCCGCGCUGCGCGCCACCAUCGCCAUCCAGCAGCACCACUGGCCCUCGCUGAAGCGCUGCAGCGAGCUGGUGUCGGCGCCGGCGCUGCAGACGGCGCCGGCGCCGGGCGCGGCCGCCAGCAGCCAGCGCGACGCCGACACCGCCGCCGCCAUGGCCACGCUCUCCAUGACCCGGGGCGACGACUGUCUGCAGUCGGCGGACAGCUCCCGCUCGGCGUCGGAGGAGCCCAUGGAGCAGGACGAGGGCAAGUGAGCUGCCCGCGAAGCCCCCACUUCAACAUUCCGCGAGACAGCGCCCUGCCGACAGCCGCCGCCCCUACAUCGCGGCGCGCUACAUAUGUAUAUUACAUAAAAACGUGUCUAUUUCGUGUUUAAUUCAUAAUGAAUUAGUGGAGGUGUAGCGAAUUACAUGUGUAGGUGGUAAAAUUAAGACAAUUCUUAAUUUGAAAGCUUUAAACGAGAGUAGUAAAAUAUUAUUAUCUGUACAAAAGAUAUUUAUAUUAUUAUAUAUUUGAUUAAAAUAAUGUUAAGUGUAGCGACGCCCCUCGCUUACCAAAGAUGUUCGAGCCUCCUGUUGUAUCGCGUAUAUGUAUAUACGGAGUUUCUAUCGCCCCAGGCGUUUUUUUGACAUUGAGAACUUUAUAUUAUAUGGUUACACGGUAUACUGAUUGUUGGAGGCGCCGCGACCCCCCGGUCCUAUUUACUCGGCGGCGCCCUCCUAUUGUACAUUGUCUAUGUGAUAAUUUAUAUACUGCAAAGAUACUGAUAGUGUGGAGACGUUGUACGGUGUUAGAUGAUCAUUGUGGCGAGCUGACUCGCCUUCUUGUAUAGUACCUUCGUUGGCCGCGCCCAAUACUUUCUCAGAGUUUAUUACUCCUUUUGUAAACGUUGAAAACGUAGAAUAUUCGCGCGGGACCCUGUCCCCGCCGCUGUGUCGCCGACGUGGCGCGUUAUAUUUUUCUAUAUGGCUGUCUGUAUGUUGUAUACGUACCGAGUGCAACCACGUACCUUGAAGGAUUCGAUCCUUGUACGAUAAACAGAGUUAAAACAAUGUUGUGUCUUUGAAAAUUUUAUUGUUAAAUUGGAAUACAGAUGAAAGAAUUAUUUAAUUAAUAAAUGUAUAUAUAUAUUUGGAA